AUCAGAGCUCUGUGGGUGGCAGAAGUCAUUGUGUCAGAAGAACAUAUGAUGUCUGUCGAGAUUCAGCCUCCCGAAAUCAGGAGGGACGGUGCCUGACCAAGAAGGAAUGGAAUCACUAUUGCUCAGAAAAGGUUUGUACUAUUCCCAGGGAUUAUCAAGGCUAUGACAAGGUUCUUGGCCUCUGCAUCUGUCAAACUGACCGUCUGGAUAACAUCUGUGAUUCUCAGUGUAGGAGGCAACAAAGAGAAACCCUGCAGAUCACCUGUGCAGAGGAAAAUCCUCAGCUUUUUAUCACUUACAGAAAUGGGAGCAAGGCUGCUGUUCUCUUAGAAGAAUUAAGAACGGUUCUCCUAGGAUCAAAUUUCCCUUUAGAAAAUGUCUGCACUUCAGAACAAAGCAAAUGCUCUCAUCCAGCAUACAUCGUGAAAGCAACUGGGAGAGGAUUUUUAGGAGUGUAUAAUCCUGACCCACAGCUGUUUCAUAACUUCAUCAUGCUGAACAAGGCUUCGUCACUUCACGAAAACAGGUCUUCCUCCCCAGCAGCUCCAGUUAAUUCUGACCAUGAAGAACCCAGAUCUUCCCCGAUACAAAGCCUGAGACCUUCAACCUCCACAUCAAAAAUCGUAUUUAGUGGCAUCUUAAAUCCUACCACGUGCAUUAAUGCUAACAUUACCUUUGUUUUCAUUGUCUCCAAGGAGCAUUACCCAGUUUAUGAUGUGAACAACUUGUACAACACAAACACCGAAUUUGACUGGGCAGACUUUCGAAGACUUGCAGAGGAAAUAAGAGCUGCUUCCCAAACCUUCCUCUUCUUCCUUUUCCAGUUCCAGCACCCUGGUACCUAUGUGUUACAGCUGAGCAGCAAUCAGCACAAAAAAAUGUACAUUAGGGUCCUGCCACCUGGAGGACAGUGUUACGAAGAGGGGCCAUUCUUCCCCACAACUCCCAGAUAUGCUGUGCAGGUGGGCAUUGCCAGAAAGCAAGACCUCCUGCUGAAACCUGACUGGACAGCCAUUAUUGGAGUAAUCACAGGACUUCUCACAUUGCUUAUUGCCUGCGUGGUGCUGACACUUCUCUGUCAGGGACUUAGCUGGUCACAGAAGGGCACUGCCUGCCCUCCAUUUCGAAGGCAGCAGCUGAAGUACAAUCUGGACAGAUAUUCCUCCAGUAUACCAACAGUCUUUCCCAUCAAGAAGUAUCACCCCUGGCUGCAGAACAAGGGUAGCAUGGAUGCUGACUCUUGCAACACCGGUGGAACAGCCUGCUCCAUGAGAAAGGGUGGCGUUUGGGAACCUGAAGAACAGAUAGACCUUGAGUCGUUCAACACCAACAUUUUCUUUGAACUUUUGCUGAGGCAGUCACAGUCAGUCACAGCCAAACUGGGCCAUUUCAAAGAAGAGGUGAAAACAUUUUAUCGUAAGCUUACAAGUGAAAUAUCUGCACUGAAAAGCCUUUGGAUCAUGACAUUAAAUAUCCCAGGAGAGGUGGAGUCUUAUGAGAGCACAACGAUGGAGAAUUACUUAAAAGCAAAACAGCAGGCAGAAGAAGAGAUGCAGCACAGGAAGCAGUUGGCUGCGGAGUAUGAGGAAGGUGUGAAGAAGCAGAUGCAGUUACUGCAGCACGAUCUGAAGUGCCAGGAAGAGCAUUAUGUCACAUUCAAUUCUGCCCUGCGAGAGGCAGCGAGGUUGGCAGAGAUGCUGACAAAUAAGAUGGCCUGUAAAAGAAGCCCAACCACUUGGUCCCAGCCAGACUGUACAAGCCUGUUAGCCCAGAUAGAUGCUGCAAGCAACAGGAUGUCAAGCUUAAUAAUAACAGAGAGCCACCGCCUCAAAGCAUGGGGAGUGCUGGGUGAAGGAACAGGAGCUCACCUUCUUAACAAAGCUAAAGCCAGGAUCCUUACCAAACAGGAGCUUGUGGACCCAGAUGGCACUGCCCGAGCACCUGAUGUCGUCUCAGUGGAUCCUGUCACUGGGCUGUUAAUUCCCAGCCCGCACUGUGCCGUGCUGCUGGGCAGCCAGUGCUCUGGGCCAAUACCCAGCAACCAUUUCCUGCACCCAGGCACUGGGAAGGUGCUUCACAUAGCGGGCAACGUCGGUUAUGAUCCCAUCAGAUCUGGGCUGGUCUGUACUGUUGAUUCUGCUUCAGGUGAGCGUCAGAAGCCUGAAGUGCCCAUAUUUCCUUACAUUCCUUACCCGGUUUGUCCUGACACUGGCUUACCUGUGAAGACAAAACUUCCAGUCCUGUGUCCUGAAAACAUAUUUGGUCUUGGAGGACUCAUGGCAGAUCCAGUGACAGAAAUAGAAGUCCCAGUGCUUGGGGUUACGAUCCAUCCUCACACUGGGCAAAAGCUGGCUGUUGGUGGGACAUACCUCAACCCCAUCACCAGCACACUGACACCGCUGGAGAUCGGGGGUCCUAUGACAGAGCCAGAGGGAGGCAAGAUUGUUCCGAUCCUCGGGGUUGGUUUGGAUGGUGACACUGGAGAAGUUAUACCUCUAGGUGGGCUGACGGAUCCUUCUGGGAACCUAAUGCUUCUUGGAGAUUCCUUCAUUGAGCCUCUGAGUGGGAAACUUGCCCGAGUACAGGGAGCUCACCUGCAGCAGGACAAGGUGCUGCCCCACGGUGGCAGUUACCAAGCAGUGCUGGAAGCCGAGUGGCUGCUGUCCCAAAGUCGUGUGGUGGAUGCUCUAAAGAAGCUUAAGGCAUCAGUUUUGGAAGAUAGCUGUCUAGCAGCAGACAGAUUGGCAGUGCUAAAGGCUUCAGUAGAAGAUAUGAAGAAGUCUUUCACUGCUAGAUUUUAUCAUGCAAUGCACUGCUUGAAAAGCCUCAAGAAAAAACAAGAAAUAGCUUCAAAGGUCAAGAGUAAUGGUGGGAAUCUGGGUAUGAUCAAAUAUCCGGGCACGGAGAUGUGGAUCCCUGCAGUGUUUGGAAUGAAAAUCCCAGAUCCCGGUGGGUCCAGUUUGAUGGUGCCAAUCCUGGGCAUAGACUUUGACUGGAAUAGCAGGCAGCCUUCCCCACUCGCAGGGACCAUGGAAGAUGGAAAUGGAAAAGGCCUCGUCCCUAUCGCUAUUGGUGCCAGAACCAUAAGUCCAGUGACAGGUGAAGUGGGGCCUGUUAUCGGUGCUCAGACCCACCCCCAGACACACAACGUCAUCCCUGUUGUUCAGUCCCUCAGAGCUUUGCCAAGAGCCAUGGAUACGGAGCUGCUGGACCUCCUAGAGAAGGAAAUAAAUUCAAGGCAAAUAUACUGGCACUGCAGAAUAAAAAAGGAAGAAGGGCUCCUGAAGGAACUGAGUUCUCUAUUUCUUCAUGUCCUUGAUGCUGCAAAGGAGGGAAAGGCACAGAAGAUAAAAUACAGGGGGGAAGUGAAAGACAUGGAGGAAAUGUGUCAUUUUCUUGAAGGGUCCUCUCUGCAAGAAGCUGAGAGAAGAGCUUCAAAGUAUUUCAGCAGCCAGCUGGGCACUGCAUUACCCUUACUAUUCAAAGCUGACAGAGAUGAAAAAGAACAGGAAAUACAGGUUCUGCUGGAGAUCAGAAAGGCACUGGAAAAGCUGAUGCAGUUUGUUAAGAAGAUACAAGAAGAAGAAAAGAGAAUAUGUGUGCAGAUUGCAGAGAGAGAGAAGCAGAGGGGAUGCAGGUCAAGUACAGAAACAGCACCCAAUGUGAUGCUCAGACAGGUUAUAGUCGCUCUAGCCUCUGAAUUUCAGGAAUGCAUGCUGAAACAACAAGCUAACGUGGAGACUGCAUACACUAAGCUGGAACUUUUGAGGGACUUGUCAGAUAUCCAAACCCAGCAGGCAAAGAUGCUUUUCUGUGGGUCACAACGCUGUUUUGAAAACUAUGAGACAGCCAGCUACUAUGGCAGCAGUGGGAUCUCACACAGUACAGGCAAGGCCAUCGACCACAGUGUGAUGCCACUGCUCAAGUCUAUGGUUCAGAUGCUGGAGGAAGACAGCAGAAGUUACGUAUCAUCUGAGACACCUGAAACAGCAAGUUCCUCUCAGAGUAAACAAGAUGCCUUCUCCAGUCAAGAAGGAGAGCUAAUAGUAGUGGAAUCUGCAGCCCUGUCCACCAGGGAGUUUGUCACAUAUCAGUAUGGCAUCUCCCUGCUGCAGUUUCUCAGCCUUCACAUUGAUGCUCCAGAAGUUAAGCUGUGUGUUGCCUCCAGUAUUCCUCUCUGCAGUGCUGCAGGCAAUGCCUUCAGGAACUCGUUCUUUUAUCAGACUUCAAAGAACAAACUGUUCAUCCUGAGGGAUUGUCUGGGUUCUGUGGGAAGCUUCCUCCUGCUCCUUGUGCACUGCUUUGCUCACAUUGCUGCUGCUGACUUCAGCCAAGACACCAACCCAACCUUCCUGAGGCUUUUUCAUCAGGCACUGAAGACUUGCCUUGGUGAGAUGUUUUCUCUCAGACUCCAGCUGUCAGCAGUUCUCCAAGGUAAUAAAUUCUCUGGGAUAACUCAGAUGUUGCUGAAGGAAGAGCCAUUCUCCAAGGAAGAAAUAAGCCUGAUCUCCCAACUUUUUGAGGUGAAAGGGAAAAACUUCACAGAAAUUGAAGCCUUUGAGAAGAUAAUAAAACAGACUGAGUCCUGGUCUGGUUGAAAGCUCUUCUUUCUAUACAUACUUCAUUACAAAAUGGCAAUUAAAAGCUGCUUAUAGAUAUUGGCCCUCCCACAUUUGCAGCCAUCAAUUCCCAACAAACACCCGUUUCAAAUCUAACAGCCUCAAUAGUAGCACAAGCUACCAUUUUUACCUGGAAAAAAAGACCCUCGUAUCAGAAAAAAAUUAUUUGGCCUCAUACAAAUCACAGCAUAAAAAGCAGUACUCUGAAAAAUGUAUGUAAAGAGUCUAUUAAAGGCCUUUAAAGUUAACACUGAUCUGCUCUCUGCGUUUUGUGCUUACUGAAUGACAAGUUUGAGGAGCCACCAAGUGACAGCUUGCUUGAGAAGAGAAAAAAGCAUUUCCCUCAUGCCUUAGGCAGCUGUAAGAAGGGCAGCUUUGGGUGGAGGAUGUGAUUUGUGAUGGUGUAGCUGAAUACAAAGCAAAUCGUGACACCUCAUGGUGAACUCACUUUACACUACAAAGCCAGUCUUCACAACCUGCUACAUCUGGGCAGGUUGCAUGAAGAGCAGGUCAGAUCUGCUGCCUGAGUAUGUCAGACUGACUGCUUCUCCCUAAAAUAUCACCACCUUCUGGAUAACAGAAGUCACAUUUCAGUGAAAUUAGUCUAGCUUGGUCUCAUGAAAAGCCUACUGCUGUCAGUAACAGCAGCACUUCUACUGGCUGAUUUUAAGCACUCGAUGCCUUUAACUCAGAAGAGGAAAUCUGUACUUAUCUCCUGCAGAACUUGAGGAUUAAGUAGAUGCAUUAAUGGAAAAGAUACCAUUAGAGAAUGAACACAUUUGCUUUUACCUUGGAUUAACUACUUCAGAGAAAGACCAGUUGGUAAAGCAAAUAAAGGCAUUAGAAGAAAAUAACAGCCCAAGACAAAAAAGCUUUAAUGAUCCUCAGAAGACAACUUGGUGGCUUGGUUCUGAAUUGGCCAGCUGCUUUUGGUCCCAGGCUUUACAUGAGAAUAUUGUAUUGUCAUUUUAUUAGGCAAAAUCAUGAGUCAAAGUGUGAAAGACAGCAUUUCCUAUUCACUGAUCAUCACCUCUUCUGCCCCCUGCAGCCUCUGGUUUAGGUAACAAGUGGGAAGAAACAGCACACCAGAACCUAUGAACUUUAAAUGAUGUCACAACCCACUGAGUAUCCUCGCAUUAAUGCUGCUGAAUCAUUCAACACUGAGAAGUGGGUGGGUUAUCACUGCUUCAUAAAUUAUGCACUCAUUCUGUUAUCUUCACCCUACACUGAGAUCUCACUAGGAGAGAAAAAACAGGUUAAAAUAGAUGGAUUAUGCUGCUGGAGGACAAAGCUCUGUCAUCAAAGCUGCAGAAUUAGUUGGAAACACUACUGCUGACUCUCAGGGACGAAGAAGCCUCCCACCUCACAUCUUCUCCUUUAUUCAGUUUAUUCAGUGCCAUACAGAUCACAGCAUUUGCACAGAGCCAACUUCAAAACAAAGUCUUUUAAAAAGGAAAGCCUCUAUAGCAUGAGCAAAAUUGUUGUUUUUUUUUUUUGUACCUACUAAACCCUAUUAAUGCCAAGUUUGACUUCAAUGUGAUUUUUUUCUGAAGAAAGACAGCAAGUUGUGCUGAAGCAAGACAGACAUUACCUUACUUAAGAGGAACA